AUGUUAAAUUGUGAAAAUUCAAAUCUCGAGCUUCUUAGAAGUUUAAAAGAUAGCUAUAACAAAGCUGAAAAUUUGCUUGAUUAAAAAAUUAGGAAUGAUAAGCAUAUUUUUUACUUAAAUUUCAUCAAUAGUGAUUAAAUUUGGAUUUCUUAAGAAAAUUUAUUUAAAAUGGAAUUAAUAGGGAGUAAUAGUAUUUUAGGAGAAUAUAAUAUAUAUAAAAAUUAAAAAGAAAAAGAACAAAUUAGUCUUUAUUAUUUUUAAAAUAUUAUCGAGAAUAACAAUAUUUAAGAAAUAGAUCUGCAUGAAUUAACAAAAAUAAAGUUAAUUUUUAAUAAAUUGGCAUAAUUGAAAUAGCAAUUAAAAAUAAAAAUCUUUCUUCAUUAUCAUGAAAAUAAAAUUGAUAAUUUAAAAGUUACUAUUCAAAAUCACAUAUAUUAAUUAUUUGAUGGCUUAUUUGAUGAAUAAUAGAAUGUGAUAUUGAUUUUGAGUAAAUCUGAAUAUAAAUAUCUUGAAUGUAAUCUUGCAUCAAUGAUAGAUUUAUAAAUUGAUUAAAUUUUUUUUGAGUGCUAAGAAUUUAAUAACUAAUUAAUAGAUAAGUUGAAUUCUUCAUUCAAUUAUUCUACUUUUAAAUUUAAUGAUUUUCUCUCAAUAGGCUAUUAAUGUUAUAAGUACUUAACUCUUUUAAUGGAAGUAAUCACAAAGCAACUGAUAAAUUAACUUUUGCUAAUUUAAAACAAUAUAAAUAAAUUACUUGAAUUACCUUUUAAUAUAGAUGAAGAAAUAAGCUCUGAUGCCAAUUCAAAGCGCUUUUCAUAAUUAUUACUUUAAUUUAUUAUUAGGUUUAAUCAAAUUAUUCAAUAAGAAAAUGUAUAAAUUGAAAUCAUUAUCCCGGAAAUAAAAUAAGCAAUAAAUCGUUGGGAAACUCCCAUUUCUGAUAAUUUAAAAUUAUUGGCUGAAAAACAUGAAAAAAUAAACAUAUUUUGUAAAAAUAAAUAAACGAACUUUAUUUUUAAGUUUGAAUCUUAUACAUAAUAAGAUUUAGAAGUAUUAAAGCUUUUUUAAAAUAAUUAUUUUAAUAAUACAGACCUUAUAAAAUAGGAAUUGAAAAUUAUAGCAUAAUAAAAUGAUUUAUGGCUAAAGUAUUUUGAUGUUCAUUUGCCUUAAAGUCUAAAAUUGUUAUAGGACAUACCUAAAAUAUCAGAACAUUAUGAAAAGACUGAUAAACUUGUUGUUUCUAUAUUAGGCUUAACCAAAGUGGGUAAAAGUACUUUGUUAAAUAUUUUGACCGAUUGUAAAAAUUUAAAUGUCACUUAAAUUCAUAGUCACAAUAAAUAUUGUUUUACAUAAAAAACAUAGGUAGAAGAUAUAAAAAUAUCUAAUCGCUGCUAUAGUGAAACUUAAUUUACAUUUGAUAUAGAGAUUGAGAAUAUCAUUUUUAUUGACACUCCAGGAUUUUAUGAUACAAGUAGUUAAAAAAGAUUGAGUAACUAAAUAAAUAUCUUUACAUAAUUACAAAGAUCACCAUAAAUUGUACUAUUAAUUUUAAUUGAUGGAGAAAAAUUAUGCGAAAAUAAAAAUGAUUUAUUUCAAACACUUGAACAUAUCAAUAUAUUUUUUGGCAAUAAGUUAAUUGAAUCUAAAUUAGAUUAUUUUAUUUUACCUAUUUUUAAUAAAUUAGAACAAAAUACCAUGAAUUAAAUAAAAUAGAUAUGGGAUGAAGAAAUAUACAAAGACUGUGAAUAAUACUAAAGUUUCUUCUUAAAAACAAUUAAAAAUCAAAUUGAUCAAAAUAGAUAUAUUGAAAUUUACAAAGCCUAAUAUUAUAUAGAUAACAAAGAAAUCUUAGAUUUAAAGAAUAGAUUAAAAGCUAUUAAAACUUAAAUUAAAGAAUUGAUAAAUGAUAAAAAAUAAGGUGAAUUAUUAUAUUUAUCUGAAAAAAAGUAAGAACUUAAAAAUAAAAAAAUUUAAUAAGAAUUACAACCUAAAGAACUACUUUAUAAUUAAUUAAAUGAAAUUAAAAAUAAAAUUGUGUUAUAAUGCAAUAUUUUAAAAUAAGAAUAAAUUUAACACUAAGCUAAAUUAAUAUUUAGUUGCAACUUAAAUCCUGAAUUGUAAAAGCAUUAUAAUAAAGUAAUACUUUAUUCAGAAAAGCUUUGCCAUAAUUUAGUAAAUGUGAUUACUGAUUUAGUUAUUAAUGAUUUUUUAUCUAAUCAAUCUAUAAAAGUAGGAGAUAUAAUUAAUUACAUUAAUCUAAUAGAAACGUUAGUAAUGAAAUAUGAAUCACAACAAUAAUAAUCAGUACUUUCACUUUUCAAUUCUUUGAUAAAAUUAUUCCCUGAAAAAUUCAAGCACCAAAAUGUUAUUAGAGAUAUUAUAACCAAAUUGAAAGCUGUUUCUAAUCUCACUUCUUUUAUAUCUCAUGAUAAACAAGAGAAAAUUAGUUUAGGCUACUUAAAAUAAGAAAUAAAAUUAUUGAAAACAGUUUGUAUUGAAAAUAANGAUCACCAUAAAUUGUACUAUUAAUUUUAAUUGAUGGAGAAAAAUUAUGCGAAAAUAAAAAUGAUUUAUUUCAAACACUUGAACAUAUCAAUAUAUUUUUUGGCAAUAAGUUAAUUGAAUCUAAAUUAGAUUAUUUUAUUUUACCUAUUUUUAAUAAAUUAGAACAAAAUACCAUGA